AUGGCAUCCGUCCGAAGCCUCCCGCCAGCGCCUAUAAAAUCCAAUCCUCCAUCACCCUCUGCGCCAAAGCCCUCACCCACCACUCCUCCACCCCCAAAACGCAACACCCUCCUUUCAACCCCUCCGACCGUCUUUGCAAUUCUCUACGUCCUCGUCGCCACGACUCAACAACCUCCUCCUCAACAACCGCCAUCGCCUGCGCCUGAACCUUGGGAUGGGCGCGUCUGCUACGGAGUACGACGCGCGCGACCUUUCCUCGGACGACGUCGUCGCCGUCAUGCCGGAACGCGCGUCCAAGGAGCCAUCGCCGACUACAAGGGACGCCGUCUACGCAAAGCUGAUUUCGUCCGUGCAGACUUCAGUAAGCACUGGAUCGCACGCGCAUUCGCACGCUGCGAUGUCAGUCGCAUCUCACACGCAGAAUAA